AUUUCAUUAAAAAUAGAUUAAUUUGUAUUAUAUACGCGAAUAUGUCAAGUCUAUGAAUAAAAGUUCUUGUAUUGUUUUGGAUUCGGUUGAUAGAUGUCGUAAAUAUGUUGGUAUUAGCUGUGUCAUAAGAUUGUGUUGGAAUGGAGGGGAGGUGUUGCAUGUGUAGUGAUGUAAGUUGCUAGGAAGGUUUUAAUCACGCUUGUGUGUGGUUCUGCUACCCGGUGUCGUUAAGUGUUUUGAUGAUUAUGGUAGUUUUAUCCUCAUUUACUAGAAAGCAUGACGUUCAGUUUGUUCCGUGUCUUGUGGACUCUCUUACAUGUGUUUCUGACGGCAGUGCACUUUAUAGAAAGCGUGUGGAAUUCUUUACGCCGAAAGUUAGAUCUAGUUUCUAAGAACUAUGUGGACGAUGAACUUGGAUUUAUUUCAAGACACGUGAAAUUAUUUAAUAAAAUUCCGUCACACUUAGUAGUCAUAGUAGGUAAUGAAACAAUAUCCUAUAGGGACCUGGCAAAUGUAGCUGUUUGGUCCAUAGCAGCUGGAAUUUCUUUCGUAAGCUUCUAUGAUCAUCAUGGGAUUUUAAAGAAGAAUGAAGCCGAGUUACUCAAAGCCCUUUCAGAGAAAACAAAAGCACAAUUUGAAAACAUUGUAUGGGGGAAGAGAACUAAGACACAUGGGUUAAUAAAUAAGAAUGGAACAAAAAAUGGUAAUGGUGUUGUGUCGUCACACAAGCUUCAUUUAAAUAUUUUUUCCUUGAGUGAUGGAAAAGGAGCUUUGGUGAAGCUGACUAAGAGCCUCUGCCAGUCUGUCAUUGCUGGUCAGAUGACAGUGACAGAUAUUAAUCAGGACUUGAUUGAUGAAAAGUUAAGGGCAGAAAUGGACAUUCCAGAUCCUGAACUUGCUCUUUACUGCGGAGACGUGUGUUCCACAUAUGGCUUCCUUCCCUGGCAGAUACAUGUCACAGAAUUCCUGCAGCUGCAGUCACAUCACAACAUUCAAAUAAAGGAUUUCCUGUUACUAUUAAAAAAAUAUGGAAAAUGUGUACAGAGACAUGGAAAAUGACUUUGGAUCAGAUAAUUGGGGUUUAUGAAUUAUAUGAAUACACUUCUUUGGAGGAUGAAGUCAAGCAAGGAAAUUUGAGGAUCACUGAAUUGUCAAACAUUUACAGCCUUGAUUAAUUUAAGAGUUCCAAUCUUCAGUAUAGGGGUUUAAGAGCUAUGUUUCUGGGAAAUGCAGGUCCACCAAUAGAAUGAAAUAUAAAUAUAUCACUUCUGACAUCACAAGAGGUAGGACUUGCAAAUGCAAUUAUAGCACACAAUCUUUCGUGAUGCCAUAUUCUUAAAUCUGCAUUUUCAUCAAUGGAAAUGGAAAUCCCCCCCAAACAACAUUAAGUGAAAAUCAGUCUAAUUAUUGGCCUACACACCAGAUCAUACUGAUCUUAAAAAACUAUACCAACAGCUCGAUCAGUUCAGUGACAUGAAAAAUGUUAAAAAUUUCUUUGCAAAAGUAUCGGGUAUUCAGUAUGUUAAUUUUUGUAUGCUUGUGAAUAAUACAAAUACAUAAAAAGCAUAUAAAUGAA